UUAACCUUACUUUUAGUUUUAUCAUACUCUUCCUCACUCACUAAUGUUUAUCAAUUGUUUUAAACAAAUAUCAUCAAUUAAACUAAAUGUAAAUUUAGUAAUUAAUAGACUAUUUAAUACUACAGUAAAAAUGGCAAACAGUAAAUUCGAAUACGUGCGGACUUUCGAGCAGGAAGAUAAACUUUUACAAAAUACAUGGAUAGUUGUUCGAAUAGAUGGUGCACAUUUCCACAAGUUCUCAGACAAGCACAAAUUUGACAAACCAAACGACUUACGUGCGAUACAGUUAAUGAACAAAUGUGCAAUCCGCGUUAUGUGCGAAUUCAAAGACAUUUUAGUAGCAUAUGGGCAAAGUGAUGAAUACUCAUUCAUACUGAGAAAAGACACAACUUUAUACAACAGAAGAGGAUCUAAAAUAAUGACAUACAUCAACAGUUUAUUCAGUUCCAGCUAUGUCUACUACUGGAGGGAAUACUUUGGUGAUAACAAAUUAUUAUAUCCACCUUCAUUUGAUUCCAGAGUAGUUUUAUAUCCAACUGAUCAGAAUCUCAAAGAUUAUUUAAGUUGGAGGCAAGCAGAUUGCCAUAUUAACAAUUUAUAUAAUACAACAUUUUGGAAUUUGGUGCUUAAUGGAGGAUUAACUAAUGCAGAAGCUGAUCAAAGAUUGUGUGGGACAUUCUCCAGUGAUAAGAAUGAGAUACUCUUCUCUGAGUUUGGAAUAAAUUACAACAAUGAAAAAGAAAUCUACAAAAAAGGGACAACAUUGCUACGAAAACGCAUAAAAAAUCCACGAAACGAGAAAAUGCGACAAGUUGUUCUACCAUUACACAUCGACAUGAUUCAGGAUAAAUUUUGGAGUGAUAAUCAUGAAAUAUUAGACAUUACAACACCUGGAGUCUACGAAUGGCCGGUAGACAAGGAUCUACCCAAGGAAGUAUUAAUUCAACUGCAUAUUUUCGAUGAUGAAGUAAAAUAUUGAUUAAAAUUAA